AUGUUCCGAUCUGGCUACUGGGAUGACGAUCCCAUGAACGGAGUUAUGGGUGGCUCCAUGUUUCGCCAUGGAGCUACUCGUCGCUUCGAUGAAUACUACCGCUGCUAUCCCGUCGCCAUGAUGCCCGGCCCCGAGAGAGAAAACGUGAACCACGGCGGCAAAGUCAUCAUGCCACCCAGCGCUCUGGACAAGCUAACCCGGCUCCAUAUUACGUAUCCGAUGUUGUUUGAGCUUCACAACGGAGCACGGGAACGGUUGACGCACGCCGGUGUGUUGGAAUUUAUCGCGGAAGAGGGGAAGAUCUAUCUGCCCUUCUGGCUCAUGCAAACUCUCCUCCUGGAACCUGGCGAUCUCGUACAAGUCAAGUCGACCGACCUCCCGCCCGGCCAAUUCAUCAAGAUCCAAGCCCAAUCCACCUCGUUCCUCGACAUAAGUGACCCCAAAGCCGUCUUGGAGAAUGCUUUCCGGAACUUCUCCUGUCUGACCAAGGGCGAUGUCUUUACAUUUGCCUACAAUGACCAGGUUUACGAGAUGGCGGUGCUGGAAACCAAACCAUCCAACAACACGAAUGCUAUUUCGGUGCUUGAGACUGAUUUAGAAGUCGACUUUGCACCCCCGGUGGGCUACGAAGAGCCUCAACGGCCCAGUGGCACCAGCACGCCUCGUAGCGGGGUCAGUGGGAAGCUGCCCUCUGGUGGGCUCCUUCAUCCCCACGGUACCAUGGCGCAGUCUAUCAACUAUGCCGCCAUUGCCCCGGAGUCGACUGACGCUGCAACUGGUGCUCGGGCAGUCUCAUCAAACUUCUUAACAGGGGGGCAGCGUCUGAACGCCAAGAAAGGAAGCAAAACACCCACCCCGAAGGCAUCUACUCCGACUCUGGGCACCACGAACCCUCAGCACCCCCCUCCCGUGCGUAAGACGAAUGGACCGCAGCCUCUGCGACUGCCCGCCAACCAGCUAUUCUUUGGAUAUGCGAUCAAGCCAGUGAGGAAGCGCGAUGAGAGCGGACAAGUCGUUGAGGGUGAUAAGCCUCGCUUUCAAGGGGCCGGUCAGACCUUACGAGGCAAAAAGAAAGACACCAGCGGCUCCGCGACCCCUACCUAA